AUGUCAGCAACAGUUCAGAAUGCCGCUGGCCCUCCUGGUGCACCUUUACCGGCUGAUUUCGAACCCGAUAAUAAGUGGAAAGAAUGCCUGAAACAGCAGAUUCAGGACAACAUCCGUCCUAUGUUGGAAGAGGCGAGGAAGAGCAUGCAGGAAGACCUCGAAAAGGCUUCCCCCGGUGAGGUCGAACGGAUACGAGCUGAUGGCGAAGUUGCCAUCCAGAACAUUUACAGGAUGGCUCAAGAAAGCUAUACAUUUGAGCUACAGCGCGAACGUCAGAACAUACAGUUGAAUUCCGGAGUUUGGACAGAAGAUGUAAUGAAAGAACAG